AUGUAUUCGCCUUGGACUACGUCAAUGCCUUGUUUAUUCUCUAAUUUACAAACGAAUUUGACGUAUAACAACAGUACUGACUCGGGUGCAUCGAUUCGUCCAUUGAAUCAUUUUCCAACUGAACACAAGGAAGUUCCAGCGAAUUACUUCGAGCCAUUACCUUUUUUUGAAACAAAUUAUCAAAGCAAGUACAAAACUCAACCACAAUUAUCUCAAAAACACACAAUGAUCAAACAAAUGAUCGCUCGAAAAGACAAACAACUGUCAACAUUUCAACGUUCGAAUCAUCUUUCAGCAGCUAAUUCAUACGGACGAAAACGACAAAUAUGUACUUUUUGCAAAUCAAAUGGUGAAUCUGCAAGUGUUUACACAUCACAUGUUUUACGCAAUGCUCAUCGGGAAAUUCAAUGUCCAGUACUUCUUGCUUAUGUAUGUCCAAAAUGCGGUGCAACAGGUAAAUCAGCUCAUACAAUCAAAUAUUGCACAGCGUUAUCUGAAAAUGAGCGUGUUGCUUUGCCAACAGUCAAAAAUUUUAAAGAAGGUCGAUCGUCGUCAGGCAAGAAGAAUCUAUUUAAGAAAUAA